AUGAAUGAUAUAAUUAGUCCACCACAUGUUAAAUUGGUGGUGGAGGAUACUAGUUUAGCAGAUAUGUCUCCGGCUACCUCUACUACUAGUACAACAACUUUACAAAGCGAUAAAAUAAUUGCAAACUCGAACAACAACAACAAUAGUAAUAAUAAUAAUAAUAACAAUAUUCAAGUCGAAAAUUUUCCAGAUGUAGUUUCAUUAGCUUCAAUGUCCUCUUCUAUGGACAGUACUUUAUCAUCUUCUACUUCGUCAAUCAAUAGUAUAGAUGCGAUGAAUAAUAGUUCAAACAAUUUAGUAUCGGCAGCUGCCAUGUGUCAACACAUAAAAAGAUCCAAAAAAAAGUUACAAACCUUGGAAAUGUAUCAAAACAACUCGGCGGCAGCAAAUUCUCUAGAAAGUGUAGAUGAAGAUAAAUAUUGUCCUUCUAGUAUACACAUUUUAGUAGUAGACGAUGAUAUUACACAAAGAAAAGUUUUACAAAAUUUAUUAUCAAAGGUUUUUUAUAACGUAACAUUGGUAUCAAGUGCAGAAGAAGCAUGGAAUAUGUUGAUUUAUGGUACGACCAAAUUUGAUUUGGUUUUGACUGAUGUUAUGAUGCCACAAGUAACAGGGUUUGAUCUUUUACAAAGAAUCAAUGAACAUCCUGAAAUUAAAAACAUUCCAGUGAUUUUAAUGUCUGGAACUGCUUUAGACUGUAAAUAUGCAAAUGAUACUAUAAAGAUUGGUGGACAAGAUUUUGUAACCAAACCAAUUGCCAAGGAACUAUUAAAGAAAAAGAUUGAUAUCCUUUUAAGAAGCAAACACCAAAAGAAACAAGAAAAGAAAUACAAGGAAUCUUUGGCAUUGGAAAAGGUGAAUCGUGAACGUUUGGCAAAGGAGAUGGAAGCCAAAGAAAAUGAAAUCAAAGAAUUGACUAGAAAGAUGAAUGAAAUGGCUCAUAUCACUCGUGAAGAAUUUGAAACUCCUUUGGCCAUCAUCACAAGAAACAUUGAAGAAUUAAUGACUCAAUCAAAUCUAUCAGAUACUGUCAUUAAAACAAAAUUAACUUUAAUUUUAAAACAACUUGGAUCAUCAAAUAUUUAUAAACCAUCAUUUGAAAAGGUGAUGAAUAACAAGUCAGUUGAUGAAGUGACCAAAUCAUUUUUAAAGACUGGGUUUAGUAACGUUCCAUCGCCAGAUGAUGAUGGUCUUCAUCAAAGACCAUCAUUUCCACAACCAAUUGAAAUGGAUAGUGCCAAGGAAGGUUUAAAGGAAUGGGAGUUUGAUAUCUUUAAAUUCACCGAUGACCAAUUACUUCCAAUGUUGGUUGAAAUGUUUGAAAACUUUCAACUAUUGGAAACUUUUAAUAUUCCAAUUGAAAAAUUACAUAGAUUUAUUAUGACUGUACAUAAACAUUAUUGGUCUGGAAAUAGAUAUCAUAAUUUUAUUCAUGCAUUUGAUGUUACACAAACUUGUUAUUCAUUAUUAACAAAGUUUAAAGCAGCAGAAUACCUAACCCAUUUGGAUAUUUUGUCAUUAUUAAUUUCAUCAUUGUGUCAUGACCUUGACCAUCCAGGUGUAAAUAAUACUUUUCAAAUUAAUGCACAAACAGAACUUUCAUUAAAAUAUAAUGAUAAUUCUGUAUUAGAGAAUCAUCAUGCAAGAUUAGCAUUUAAAAUUUUAAGGGAUCCAGAUUGUAAUAUUUUAGAAGGAUUGUCGGAAUCCCAGUAUAGAGAAAUCAGAAGAUCUAUCAUUCAAUUGAUUUUAUCAACCGAUAUGUCAUUCCAUUAUGAAUACAUUAACAAAUUCCAAAAUCAUCUUAGUCAACAACCAUUUGAUAGAAACAAAUCUGAAGAUCGUCAAUUAUUAUUAAUUUAUUUAAUCAAAUGUGGAGAUAUAUCAAAUGUAGCAAAACCAUGGCCAUUAAAUCAUCAAUGGUCAAAUAGAAUUGCAGAUGAAUUCUUUGAACAAGCUAGUUUUGAAAGAAUUAGAAAUCUACCAGUUGCACCAUUCAUGGACAAGAAUCAAACGACCAAACCAAGAAUUGCUGCCGAUUUUAUUGAUUAUGUUGCUGGUCCGCUGUUUCAAGGAUUGUCAGAGUUUAUUGUUGAUACAAAGAUACUGAUCAAAAUCAUUGGUCAAAAUAGACAAGCUUGGCAAAUUCAAUUGGACAAGAUCCAAGAUGACAAGGAUAAACAAAAUGAAGAUGGAACCACUGACAAUGACUCUAUAGUGUCGGUACCAAGUAUCAAUGUAGAACCAAAUUCAGAGUCGGAAGAUUCAACUCAAUCAUCCAUCUCUACCACUUUUGGUGAAGAUUAUCUUUACACUCCAUCUCCUUCAUCAAGUAUAGGUGAUUCUGAAUCUCCUCGAAAUGAAAAUACUAUUAGUAGUAAUAAUAAUAUUAAUAAUAAUGAUAAUCAUAUUGUUCCAAAUGCAACAACUACAACUGCAACACCCAUUACAACAACGCCACCACCAACAACACCUUCGACAACAUCAACCAAUUACAACUUUAUGUUUAAUAAUUUUUGGAGAGCUCAUUGA